GGAACCUGACCCAUACAAGACUGAGUCCUUCAACCCCAAACAAACACACAAGCAAGUCUCAGUGAAAAAUGUUUCACAUUUUCCUUCUUGCUCUCUUCUUCUUUUCUACCUCUUCCCUUUCUCAUGGUGCAGUCCAAGACUUCUGUGUAGCAGAUUUCAUGGCCCCAGAAGGCCCUGCAGGCUAUUCCUGCAAGAUGCCUGCGAAAGUCACCGUCGAUGACUUCGUGUUUACCGGCCUCGGCGUGGCUGGUAACACCUCUAACAUCAUCAAAGCUGCAGUGACUCCAGCUUUUGCAACCCAAUUCCCAGGAGUAAAUGGGCUUGGGAUUUCCAUGGCACGUUUAGACAUUGCACCUGGUGGUGUUGUCCCAUUUCAUACUCAUCCAGGUGGAUCAGAGGUGCUAGUGGUGAUUCAGGGCUCCAUCCUUGCUGGAUUCAUCUCUUCUUCUGCUAAUACUGUUUACUUGAAGGUACUCAAAGUGGGUGAUAUCAUGGUUUUCCCAAAAGGGUUGCUUCAUUUCCAGGUGAAUGCAGGCGGGCUUACAGCCAUUGCUUUUGUUAGCUUCAGUAGCCCCAUCCCUGGUCUCCAAAUAUUGGAUUUUGCAUUGUUUGCCAAUGACUUGCCUUCUGAACUUGUGGAGAAAACAACAUUCCUUGAUGAUGCUCAGGUGAAGAAGCUCAAGGCUGUCCUUGGUGGUACUGGCUAAUUAAUCUCUCUCUCUCUCUCUCUCUCUCUGUGGAGAAUGCAGAUUCUUCUUCUUCUU